UUCUCGCUCAUCAUUGAAGCUCUGCAUACGGACUCUCCUGACGACCUCACCACAGAAAACCCCGAGCGCCUCAUCAGCCGCCUGGCCACCCAGAGGCACUUGGCGGUGGGUGAAGAGUGGUCCCAGGACCUACACAGCAGCGGCCGCACUGACCUCAAGUACUCCUAUCGCUUCGUGUGUGAUGAGCACUACUACGGAGAAGGCUGCUCUGUCUUCUGCCGCCCCCGGGAUGAUGCCUUUGGUCACUUCACUUGUGGAGAGCGUGGCGAGAAAGUCUGCAACCCAGGCUGGAAAGGCCAGUACUGCACCGAGCCGAUCUGUUUGCCUGGAUGCGAUGAGCAACAUGGCUUUUGCGACAAACCUGGGGAGUGCAAAUGCAGAGUGGGUUGGCAGGGGCGAUAUUGUGAUGAGUGCAUCCGAUACCCAGGCUGCCUUCAUGGUACCUGUCAGCAGCCGUGGCAGUGCAACUGCCAGGAAGGCUGGGGUGGCCUUUUCUGCAACCAGGACCUGAACUACUGCACCCACCACAAGCCCUGCAAGAACGGUGCCACAUGCACCAACACUGGUCAGGGGAGCUACACUUGUUCUUGCCGACCGGGGUACACAGGCUCCAACUGUGAGAUUGAAAUCAAUGAAUGUGACGCCAACCCUUGCAAGAAUGGUGGAAGCUGCACUGAUCUCGAGAACAGUUAUUCCUGUACAUGCCCCCCGGGCUUCUAUGGUAAAAACUGUGAGCUGAGUGCAAUGACUUGUGCUGAUGGACCAUGCUUCAAUGGUGGGCGAUGCACUGACAACCCUGAUGGGGGAUACAGCUGCCGCUGCCCACUGGGUUAUUCUGGGUUCAACUGUGAAAAGAAAAUCGAUUACUGCAGUUCCAGCCCUUGUGCUAAUGGAGCACAGUGCGUUGAUCUGGGGAACUCUUACAUAUGCCAGUGCCAGGCUGGCUUCACUGGGAGACACUGUGACGACAACGUGGACGACUGUGCCUCCUUUCCCUGCGUCAACGGAGGGACCUGCCAGGAUGGCAUCAACGACUAUUCCUGCACCUGCCCCCCGGGAUACAACGGGAAGAACUGCAGCACCCCGGUGAGCAGAUGCGAACACAGCCCCUGCCACAACGGGGCCACCUGCCACGAAAGAAACAACCGCUACGUCUGUGAGUGCGCCCGGGGGUACGGCGGGCUCAACUGCCAGUUUUUGCUCCCUGAGCCGCCUCAGGGACCGGUCAUCGUCGACUUCACUGAGAAGUACACGGAAGGCCAGAACGCCCAGUUCCCCUGGAUCGCUGUCUGCGCCGGGAUUAUUCUGGUCCUCAUGCUGCUGCUGGGGUGUGCUGCUGUGGUCGUCUGCGUCAGGCUCAGAGUGCAGAAGAGGCACCACCAGCCUGAUGCCUGCAGGAGCGAGACGGAGACCAUGAACAACCUAGCGAACUGCCAGCGCGAGAAGGACAUUUCCAUAAGUGUCAUUGGUGCCACUCAGAUUAAAAACACAAAUAAGAAAGUAGACUUUCACAGUGAUAACUCCGAUAAAAAUGGCUACAAAGUCAGAUACCCAUCAGUGGAUUACAAUUUGGUGCAUGAACUCAAGAACGAGGACUCUGUUAAAGAGGAGCACAGCAAAUGUGAAGCCAAGUGUGAAACAUAUGAUUCAGAGGCAGAGGAGAAAAGUGCAGUACAACUAAAGAGUGAUACUUCUGAAAGAAAACGACCAGAUUCAGUAUAUUCCACUUCAAAGGACACAAAGUACCAGUCGGUGUAUGUCAUUUUUUUUGAAGAGAAAGAUGAGUGCAUCAUAGCAACUGAGGUGUAAACCAGAGGCGAUAUGGCAAGGUGGUUGUUCAGAACAAUUUCAGAGGAGAUGUGCCCCAAUGAAUGCUGCUGAAAGAGGAAUGGGAGAUAGAUUCCUUCACUGACUGCUGCUGAGAAACUAAAUUCAGGCUUGAGCUGGUUCUCUACUGAAGUUAGCAAGUGACUGCAAAAUAAAGAAACAAGAUGGACACCAGGCAACGGUCUGUGUUCAAGGAUUACUGUUGCACUGCCUUUUAUGAAUUUUAUCAUUGCACUAUGGUCAGUUGCUUUUCUAUAUAUAUUUAAAUGAAUGGACUUAAUUACUACAUAAGAAGCAUGCACUGCCUGAAGUGUGUAUUUUGGAUUCUUAUGAGCCAGUCUUUUCUUGAAUUAGAGACACAAACACUGCCUUUAUUGUCUUUUUUGAUACUAAAAUGUGUUUUUACUAGGUGAGAAAAAGUGUGUUAUUUUUUUGAAUCUGUAAAAAUAUUUUCAUGAUAAUUGUAAAGCUUGAGUAUUUUGUGAUGUUCAUUUUUUUAUAAUUUAAAUUUUUUGGUAAAUAUGUACAAAGGCACUUCGGGUCUAUGUGACUAUAUUUUUUGUAUAUAAAUGUAUUUAUGGAAUAUUGUGCAAAUGUUAUUUGAGGUUUUUUUUACCGUUUUGUUAAUGAAGAAAUUCAUUUUUAAAAUAUUUU